UGGCGACGCUAACUCUAAAAGAAUGGACGAGGAGUGGGAUGGAAAAGGGGGGUAGCGCCCCUCAGAAAGGGAUGCACGUACUUCGAUAUUAUUUCGGCCAACGAUUUAACGACGACAGAGCUAAGGCACAUAUACGAUGCGACGCGGUAACCUUAAAUCUAGGCCCUUUGACCGGGCGAUUACAGAGACUGAUCUAAUGAAAAUCAAAGUCGCGUAAUAGCGAUGAUGCUCGCUGUAAUGUCGAUGCACUCUUACCAAUUCUUGGAAACUUUGGCUAUGCACAUUUCCCUCCCAAUCGAGCCUUUCUGGUAAAACCUGAAAGGAGAAAAAGAAAAUAUGACGAGGAUCGAUCGAUCGUCGGAUCGAUAAGGUCGUACGAAGUGAUUAAUUUAUGAAGAAAAAUCAAGAUCAUCGACCCUGCAAUUCUAAUGUUUUGACAAGCAGAAACCACGUGCAAACCAUGUGGGAGACGAUUGCUAUGUAUAGUGUCAGUCCGGCAAAACGUCAACUCCGGACCAAUCUCGUCUUACCUUCGCUCGCUCCAAAUCGCGCUUCAGCGUCUGAAACAAACAUACACGUUCUUUCGUUACGUUCGUCGCGUCGACGAUAGCUCGACGUUAAAUUCGAUCGAAUACUCACCGUAGCAGCCUCGUGACAUGGCCCUGCCGCGAGAAAUUUUGCUAUCAAGAAGUAGAGCUCUGAAAAGAACGAGUGAACGGCGAUUAGAGGGGAACGAAGCGCACACACACGGCCACGGUUAGGCGGCUUUGCCGACGGUUAUGCUCGCUUAUCGCAUCUCAAUCGUUACCUGGUGCUAUAGCAGACUCGUUUCUCGAUACACUGGCAUCCAUUUCGUAUGGCGAAUCCAUCGUUAUUCACUCACGGACGUAAAGAAAGAUUUAUUUUUUUCGGGUCAUAGCGUGGCGAUAACCAUUUCGGAUUUCAUUUUCUCUCGCGAGAUCUCGACCGCGAGACGCACACGCACGCUCACCUCCUCGACGGAAAGUAGUACCCCCGCCUCCUCGACUUCCCCUCUAUGCCUCUCGUCCCUUCCACUCCAACUGACGAAUAGCAAAGCAGCUAUCCAGGGAUGUAUUUCUUAUCCUUCGAGACCCUCACCUUCCUUAUCGCCUUUUUUUUUAUUCUUUUCUAUUUUUUUUUUUUUCUUUUUCUUUUUUUCUUUUCUUCUUUAUCUUUUUUUGUUUCCUUUCUUUACUCAUUUACGAUCAGAUCUUUCUUUCACCUUCAUGAUCCUGUGUUUUUCGCUAAGUUCCUCGCAGCUCGUGCGACUCCUUUUAACCAUAUUUUCAACAUUUCUCUUCCCUUUGUGAUAAACAAUAAUUACGGACGAAGGAUAUAUACUCGUAUACACAUACACGGUGAUUUUUGUGUGGAUGUGCUCAUGCUAUUUACACGUAGUAGUGUAAACGCUUGCAAGAUAGAUUAUUCGGCUAAACAUCUCGCGAUAUGGGUAAUGUUUUGAUACAUUAGCGUGCACUCAUUUCUAAAUGAUUUACAAAUAACAUAAUCCAUAUGCGCUUUCUAUGGAUUUAUACGACGUUUCAUGUCCUUUUAUUAAACUUGACGAUUAAGAGAGAAAGUAAAUGAAGAAGAAGAAAAAAAACUUUUUUUCGUUCAUUAAAUUACCCUAUUUCGUCUUACGUCCAAUUUAUUGUGCAAUGCCAACUUCUAUGACCGAGGUUCUUCGAUUGACGCCAUUAUUUUAAAAACGAAAACUUUCGAAAUAUGAAAUCAUAGUACAAUACCGCACGGAUCGAAAGAUCGAAAAGAUAAAAAUAUUAAUUUUAAUACUAAAGUAGGUGAAUAUAUGUUCAAUAAUACAUGUACAUCUAUGACAAUUAAGUGACACAUUUCACAAUAUCAUUGACUGUGCUUCGUCAUUGAUAAAGCGAAAACUCGAAAAUAAAUAUUGAGAUGGAAAUAAUUAUUUUGUUAUACAAAAAAAAUUAAUAAUUUUAGAAAGAUGACAUUAAUAUAAUCCCGUCUGUGCUUGAUACUAGAAUGAUAGAUACUUGAUAUUAAAAGAUUUGUUACGUGAGGUUACUUUAGGUUAGUUUUAUAACUAUGUACGUCUACAUGUAUUUAAAACGUGCACUUUUUUGUUGGUAAGAAAGAAAAAUGAAAAUGUCGAUAAUAAAAGAAGGAAAAUCUUUAUAAUCAAUUAUAUGUUUCUUAAUGUAAAUCAGAAGUGCAUACGUAUUAUUCUUGUUACAUAUAUAUAUAAAUACAUAAUAUAUAUAUAUAUAUGUGUGUGUGUGUGUGUGUGUGUAUGUAUAUAUUUUACCACUUGAUUGUACAAAAGAAAUAAACAAAUUAUACUAAUGUAAAUUAUAACAAUUUGGAUAAAGUAUACGAUCAUUAUACUCGUUAUACGUUAUUAGAAACAUUUUUGCUGAAAAGUGUUAUAUCAUUAAUGACGUAAUCCUUUCCCUGUGAAAAUGUGAAAAAAUGAUUAGGCGAUUAAUGUUAUACCAGACUAUUGUCACUCAUGGCAAACAAUUAUUUAACCUUUCUUGUUAUCGCGUAAUAGUUCGCCUCGAUCACAAUUAUGAUUUGAUUGUAAUUUGAUGUUAAUCCGCUUAGACGUGUCGAUCAUCUUUGCACGAUUAAAAGUUUUAGAAGGUAAAAGAAAAAAAAAAAAAAAGAAAAAAAGAAAAAAAGAAAAAAAAAUCAUUAUGAGGUAGAUAUUCAAGAUGGUUGCUGCGAAACUUGAAACAAACUCGAAAUCGUACAUGUUGCGCGUGAUCAUUUGCGGAGCUCUUCUCGUUUCCCAAGAUGUUUCAAUGAAAUUAAUAAUGAAUCAAUGCGAUUUAAUGCGAAAUAUAAAAGGCGAUUUAUAGUCGAACGUUUUGUAUAUUCAAAAUGUCUUUAUAUUCUAUGAUGAUGCAAGUAUUUAAUGAACUUACGAAAAGGCUGAUCGAAGAUGUGUCGAUAGGAUAAAAUUUUGUGUAAAAAUUUCUGCUAAUUAAUGUGUAUUAUAUCAUUUGGUAAAAUUUCAUAAUUCACAAAUUAAAUUUUGCAUAAGUGAUCACAUGAAUGCCAUUAAUUUUUUUCUAUUCGACAUUGAAAGAAAUAGUGUAAAAUUGCUUAUGGUAACGUAAUUUUAAGUAAAAAUUGGACUAACUUAUCUAUAAUAAACGUAAUCAACUGUCUCUAAAUGAGGCUUUAGUUGAUAGUGUAACCUUUAAAAGUUUUCUCCAACAGUGUCGACAAUUUUAGUGUCUUACAAAAACUAUUCAGAUUCAAAAACAUACCAUGUCUUGGAUAAGAGAAAGUACGUUAAAUUGUCUUCAGUACUUAGCUGUAAAGAUUUUAAAAAGUGGUCAAAUUCCUAAACAUGUAGCAUUUAUUAUGGAUGGAAAUAGAAGAUAUGCUAAUAAAAAUCAUCUUGAAAAGAUAAGUGGACACACGCAAGGGUUUCACAAAUUAGCAGAAACUCUACAGUGGUGUUUAGACCUUGGUAUUCCAGAAGUAACUGUUUAUGCAUUUAGUAUAGAAAAUUUUAAAAGGUCCAAGGAAGAGGUCAGUGGACUUAUGGAACUUGCUAGACAAAAAUUUCAAAGUUUGUUAGAUGAGAAAGAAAAGUUGAUGGAACACGGUAUAUGCGUGCGUAUUAUAGGAAAUUUAGAAUUACUUCCGGAGGAUCUACGUAAAUUAGUGGCAGAAGCCAUAGUCAUUACCAAAAAUAAUAAUAAAGCAUUCCUUAAUAUUGCCUUUGCUUAUACAUCAAGAGACGAAAUGACACAUGCAAUUAAAGAUAUAUUAAGAGGUAUUAAUGACGCGGAUCUUCUACCAGAAGAUAUAAACGAAGAUCUUAUUUCUAAGUGUUUGUACACUUAUAAUUCCCCAAAUCCUGAUUUACUUAUUCGUACUUCUGGAGAAAUUCGUCUUAGUGAUUUUCUUAUAUGGCAGGUUAGUAACAGUUGCAUCUAUUUCGUUGAUGUAUUAUGGCCUGAAUUCAGUGCUUGGGAUUUACUUGGUGCAAUCUUUUAUUAUCAGAGAUGUUAUACAAAUUUACAAACUAUUGCAAAAGCACAAAAUAUAACUAAUUAUAAUAGCAGAGUUACUAAUUAUCUUAAUAAAUUAUAUCACGAACGGCAGACUAUGCUGCAAAAUAUAUGUGCUUCAGAAAUUCUAGCAUACAAUGGAAAUAAAUGAUCCAAAAAUAGAGUAUAUACAAUUAUCCACCAAAAAUAUAAUUAUACAGAGGAACAAAAAACAAUAUGUUUUUCAUCUUAUUUAUUUUCCUUAUAACUAUUUUGUUGAUAUUUGUAUUUAUUUUUAUUCAAUUUUUUUUCUCCAAAAUCUUUAAUCACGCAAUAUAUACGUUUUAUUUAUUUGUGAUUUUAUGAUCAAAUAUCUGUAUAAUGGGAAAUAAUAUUAAUAGAGAAUUACAAAAAAUUAUAGCCAGGUAAUAAAUUGACAAUUACAA